CGGCGCUCCCAGCAUCAGCACCUUCACUCGGCACCCGACUCUCGGCUUGGGAAGAUCGCAUCUCCUCAGAUACCUCCAGAUGUUGCGCAUACGCAGUGGGCACCGCGUUCUGCUGCUCCUUCUCGCGGCAGUCGCCUGGGUGGCGGCGAAGCAGGAGAGUGCAUCGCGCCAGUUCGGAGGCCAGAACUUCGGCAACGGGCUGGGCCCGUCCUUCGGAGCGGGGACGGGAGCCGGGUUCGGGGGCCUGGGCCCCGGGGCCGGAAGCGGAAUCGGAAUCGGAAGCGGCGCCGGGGUGGCCGGAUUUCCGGGACAGGGCUACGGCCCGCCGCCACAGCAGCCCGGCUGCCCGCUGUGCGACUCGUCGGUCUACUCGUACUGCUCCCACAAGAUGGUGCACGACGCCUGCUGCUGCGACUUUGCAGGCGGUGCCCCGCAGUUGAGGCCGCCCCAGUGCCUGUACUACGACUGCUCGCUGCUGUACGCCAAGUCCUGCUACGAGCACGCCCUCAUCAAGAACUGCUGCUGCAACAGUCCCUACUGAAGGACCCAGGGGACGAGUCAAGUGAUUUAUUUGGUUUAUUCACUCAAUCCAUGUGAAAUCCCCGUGUGUACAUAUACGACAAAUUAAAUUAAGUAAA